ACGUGACCUGGUAGCCUCUUUUGAACUAAGAGAUCCGGAAAAUGUAAAAUUUAUCUUUAAACUAAAACCCUGUCAUUUAUUCUUGUGUUGAAUUCAGAACAGGAUUACUUAAUUUGACCGACUUAUACAGUUCGCAGUCGGGUGACUGGCUCCUUAGUGGCUCAUUCCUGGCGGAUUUUCAUGAAUUUCCCCCAUUUUUCUUAGCAGCACAUUUAUCAUAACACGUUAACCCGUCUUUGACAACAUUCAUAAAAUGUUAGAUAAAACUCGUGCAGUACAAAUAAUUUGUAAGCAUGCCACCGAUAACGGUAGUUAUAUUUUUGUUAUUGGUAAAAUUAGAACUUGGGAAUUGUGCAAAACCCAACGUUUUGCUAAUUAUUGUGGAUGAUUUAAAACCAUCGCUUAGAUGUUUUGGUGAUAGAAAUGCAUAUACACCAAAUAUUGAUAGAUUGUCUGAGAAAUCAUUUGUUUUCCGGAAUGUAUUUGCACAGCAAGCACUAUGUGCUCCAAGCAGAAACUCCUUACUGACCAGUAGGAGACCUAAUUCACUACAUCUGUAUGACUUCUACAGUUACUGGAGAUCAACUGUAGGAAACUUCACCACUAUCCCACAAUAUUUCAGAGAAAACGGUUAUCACACCUACUCAAUAGGAAAAGUUUUUCACCCUGGGAAGUCCUCAAAUUUCACUGAUGAUUAUCCAUACAGUUGGAGCACACCUACAUUUCAUCCAAAAACCGAACAGUUUAUGAAUUCUCCAGUAUGUGUGGACCAAAAUGGAAGCUUAGUGAAGAAUCUCAUAUGCCCUGUGAUAAUUGAAUCACAACCUGAUGGCACUUUGCCAGACAUCGAGUCUUUGAAUGAAGCAGUAAGGUACUUGGAAUAUAGAAGAAAUGCUACCAAACCAUAUUUUUUGGCUGUUGGGUUUCAUAAACCUCAUGUGCCAUUCAAGUUUCCAUUUAAAUAUUUAGAUUAUCACCCAAUCAAAAAUGUAUCUCUACCAACAAACAAAGAUAGACCAUCCUCAUUACCUCUAGUAGCCUGGAAUCCGUGGACAGACAUUAGACUCAGACAUGACAUUGAGUUACUCAAUGUGUCUUUUCCUUUUGGACCGAUGCCUGAUCACAUGUCAAGAAAAAUAAUCCAGGCAUAUAAUGCUGCUACUACCUAUGUUGAUGAUUUGAUUGGACAACUGUUAGUGCAUGUGGAUCCAAACACGAUUGUGAUACUCACUGCAGAUCAUGGCUGGUCUAGGGGAGAACACGGCGAGUUUUCAAAGUUCAGCAACUAUGAUGAGGCCACCAAAGUCCCAUUGAUUAUCCACGUACCAGGCUUAUCGACAGGCGAAAUCAUAUCAGACGCGUUAGUAGAACUUGUAGAUCUAUUCCCAACACUGGUGGAUCUCACACAGGUUGCGGAAUCUUUGCCGAUUUGUUCUAAGCUCGUUGAUGAGAUCGCUUGUACAGAAGGAAGAAGCUUGGCUCCAUAUAUGGCAUGCAAAAAGAUGGGAAAGGUUGCUCGUCAGAAGUCGGCUGUGUUUACACAAUACCCAAGGCCAGGUGUGCAGCCCACCCUACACCCAAACAGCGACAAGCCUCAUUUAAAAGAUAUCAAGAUAAUGGGAUAUUCAAUCAGAACAAACGCUUAUCGUUACACGGAGUGGGUGAAAUUUGAUCCACAGACUUACAAACCUAAUUGGAAAAAGGUUUAUGCCAAGGAGCUGUACAGUCACAUUUUUGACAAGAAGGAAGAUUUAAAUUUGGCCGAGAGGCCCGAGAUGGAAGACGUUAUGAAACAUUUACAUAGGAGAUUGAAGUUAGGUUGGCGUCAUGCAUAGUUGUUUGGUUAUGUAUCAUUUGUUUUGUACCUGCAUUAGUGCCAUAUAGAAUAAACAUAACAUACAUAAUUAUUUUGAAUUAUUCUCAAAUAACCUGAUAAAAAAGGAAAUCAGGCAAAAUAAUGUGCCUCUAUAUUCAGGUUUUUGCAUGUAUCUCAUAACUAUUAAUAAUAUAUGUACUAUCUACAUUAAUAACAAAUUAUGUCAUACACAUUUCUACAGUGGGGACAAUACUUUAGGAGCUACAUGGAAUCUUAGUUACUGAAAAUAUAACACGUAUUUUUCCAAAAGAUAGAAAGAGCUCGACUGCAGCAACUUACUAUUUGUCAUUUGUUUUUCUGGGCGGUCCGUAGGACAUUUGCCAUUGUCUAAUGUCCGUUAGUCGAAUCUGUCUGUCCUGGUUGCCCAGAAACCAUACAAUGUCGAGGAAAAAGAGAAAGGGAAAGACAAGGAAACAUGAGAAGAGCAAAGAAAAACAGAAUUGUACUAGCUUUUUGAUAUGGUACACGGAUUAAUUUUGGGGUAAACUAA